AUGAAUACAUCUAUGACUUCUCUACCAGAAAAUAUCUAUCCACAAUACCGAGCUAGGACUACUAAAAAAGGAAGAUUUCUUAUAGAAGAUUAUAGUGAUUGUGUAGUGAAAGAUUACAAUAAAUUUAUUGUUAAUCUAAAAAGUUGUGAUUUAAAGCAAUCAAAGAUCAAUGAAGAUAAUUUAAAAAAGAUUAUUAAAAUCAUAGAAAUACAAAAUACACAAAUAAAACUCAUAAAAGAAGUUAUUGGUAAAGAUGAUAUUUUGUGUCCUUUCUUUAACAAGACAUGUGAUACUAUUAAUACAUUACUUGAUGAUGUUAAGAGUAAGUUUAACGAAUAG